CCGAUUCACUUGCUAUUCAAGCAACAUGGGUGGCUCGGUUAGCCAAGUGUUCCGUUCCGGCAGUGCGCUACUUUCGAACCGUGAUGGUCACAAAGUAUCGGAAACGACCGUUGAAAAGGUGAACACAAUCUUCGACGCACUCAGGGCAAAUCCAAAGAUAUCGAUUCAACGGUUAGAACCAUUAUUACUACAAAUACCGAAGUACGAAAAUAUACUUGCGAUACACGAUGAAACGGGAUACAAUUUGCUACAGAAAAGCGUAGGACUUAAUCACGUAGAAUUAGCUAGGUGGCUACUACAAAGACAUCGCCCGGAUGUGAACCGCAGCUCGUGUUCACUACCACUUCACAUAGCCUGUUUAAAAGGUUACGAAGAAUGCGUAGAGCUGCUGCUAAAACACGGUGCCCGAAUAGAUACAGAGGCAAGGAUGUGCUUUCCCGGUGCACACUCGCACAACUGCGAGGAAAGUGGGAAAUAUAAAAAUCAAGGCGAUGAUGUAGGCGUUUGCGAGCGCCCAAACACGAAGCUACAGAAUGCCGUCUGCUAUGCGAUCGAUGGCGAUCAAAUUAAUGUGCUGAACAUUUUGGCCCAAAAGAUGGAGGAACCGUGGAUGCCAUUCCGGGUACGAAAACCACUGCUGCACAUUGCCUGCGAACGGGGUGCGUGGAAGUGUGUGCAGCAUCUCGUGCAAACGCGCUCGGAUGAGAUCAAUCUCAUCAAGGACGAGUACUACCCGAUCCAUCAGGCGGUGCUGCACGAUGGACGCUUUCUGGAGCUGUUAAUACAGCACGGUGCCAUCACGACGGUGCGAACGUGCACACAGCAAAUGACACUACUGCAUGUUGUGAUACUGGCAGCAAGAAAGUCAGCGGAAGAUACGCUCAACACGAUCCGCAUACUGCUGGAACGAGGAUGCAAGGAACUGAUCAACAGUCCAGAUUCGUUAGGCAAUACGCCACUGCACGCUAUCAUCGUGCGGUACGCUCUAGAGGAGGCUAGGUACGGUUACGAUAAAUGGAACAAAUGGGACGUCCUGCAUUUGGUGCGUUUUCUGCUUCAGAACGGUGCUAAGAGUUCAAUCAAUCAAACAGGCAACAGUGCGUUAGCAUGCGUCUUUCGUCACAUUCGAGAUUGGGAGGUGUGCUACGAGCUGUUAAACAUGCUUAUCAAAGAAGGAGGUGACCCGAACAUUGUUGGCCGAGAUGGAUCCGUUCCUAUUAUGGUUUGUUUGGUGCCGCUCAUCAACAAGGACCCAUUGCAUCAUUUUACACAUUCAAUGAAGGUCUGCUACUUGAACUGCAUUCGAAUACUGCUACAAAAUGGCGCCAAUCCGAACUGCUCCUACCGUUCAAAUCUUACGCCAUUGCACGUGCUCAUCUUUACCGUCUCGGAAAACUUCACGCUGAACUGUGAUAUCCAGAAACGAGCUAAUUUUGAUUUCAUCAAAAACAUUCUUCUGCUACUGUUGCAGUACGGGCUCGAUUGUAACAUUACCUCCCAGCACAUCCUACAGUCCGUGAUCGAUAUGAUCAUUAACGUGCGCACCUGUCCGGAUAUACUGUGCGUGUACGAGCUGCUGCUGCUGCUGAUCCAGUACGGCACCGAUCCAAAUGUGUCGCUCAGCAACAAGCUAAUGGCGAACGGUGCGAGCAGUAGCAAUUCAUCGAUUAUUUUCGUGAAUGAUUUCAUCAACUUUGGCGGUGGUAUUCGUGGUGCGCCGGGUGGCGCUGACAGUUCGGCGACCGGCAGUGCCGGAAGUGGUGCGGGCGGUGCUGGAAAUAGUGUUCCGGGCGGGGUUGCUGGUAGUGGUGGCGGUGGUUCUGCGAUAGCAAACGGAAACGGUGGCCCAGGAUCGGGUGGGGCAGGUGGUUCGUCCAAUGGGAACGAAAAUCUACGUAGCUCGUUCCGCAAUAACGCCCGCAACUAUCUACUCUUCUACUACAUUAUGCUGAUCACGCGCAAGGAGUUUAUACUGCUGGAUCGCGAACAAACGUACCAGCGCAUUAUUUAUCUGUUUUACUACUCGAUGAAGCACGAGCCACUGUUUAACUGUUUGAAAACGUUGCACAAUCUGCUGAUCGCACAGGUACCGCAUCGGUCGAUCGAUAAUCUGCGCCAUCUGAUCAUUACGCUGUACAAAAAGCCACGCAGCCUGAAGCAGCUGUGCCGUGUGUGUAUCUACAACAGUUUGGACAAAAAGCUGGCACCGAGCAUAAACCGGUUGAAUUUGCCCGGCCCGCUGAAGGAGUACGUGAUGAACUUUGACAAAUGA